UUAAUUUGAAAAGAAAAUUAAAAAAGCUUCUGAUACCAAACGUCAUAAUACGCUGUUAAGAAUCUAUACUACUUGAUCAAAAUGAUACGAACAUCCGAAUUAGAAAGAAUUUCCUUCACACGUUGUUUUAACGACAUAACGUUAGAUUUGACGACAAAAACAUUGAUUUAAAUUACACCGAACACCUACAGCCAUGGUUUGAAAGAAAUUUAUUGACUUUUUUGAAUAUAUUACAAAAAAUACAUUAUCCGGUAUCUUACGACGAAGAAAUAAAAGAAUUUAAAGAAAAAGCUGAAAAAAGAUUGUAUAUCUUUAACAAUACCGUAGCAUAUUUCGAAUUUUUGCUAUAUCACCACAACAGUUGAUCGACUUGACAUCUUUUAGAAGUCACGAUAACUAGAAAAAAGUGUUAUUUUGCCACUUGCUUCAAGUAUGCGUUACAUGAAUGUGUGUCUCUUGUUUUGGAGCGUUUUAACGCUAUCCUUCUGUUGUGCUAUCGCUAAUGUCAUCGCGAAGAAAUCAUACACGAGUAUGAGCGAUUGUGAAUACUCGCUACAUACCAAGUGUGUCAUUGGUCAACUAAAGAGCAAGAAACUGACGGAAGAAUGUGACGCCAGUGAUUUAUUGCAGUGUUUGAAGAAACAUGUUACAGAUGAACUUUGCUCUAUAAAUGAUCCUAAAACUUUAUCAACAAUUAAGUCAUUAAUUGAUCAAGUUAUGAAAAGAUUUAAAAUAAAGAAGUUAUGCGCAAAUAAAAGAUUUUUAAAUAACAUGGAAGAUCAUUUUCUAGUCCAAGGAGAAAAGGUGGGCACAGAUCAAGGCAAGGAAACUGAUAUGGCGUCAUCAGGUUCCGGUGAAGUUCCCGAUGACAACGAACCUGACGAUGAUGCAGGCGAGGAAGAGAAAGGAAAAAAAGAAUCCAAGGAGACAUCGGACGUCGAUUUUUGGAAAGAGAAUGCUAAAAAGAUGAGCUGGAAACAUGUACCACUAUUAGUGUAUUUUGACGACCCGAAACAAUACAAAAAGAACAAGCUUAAAGAGAAAAAUAAAACUGUGUCUAAACCGGUUCAAAAAGCUUGGCAAAACUUAAAAAAAGAAUAUCAAAACUGGUUUAAAUCAUCAAAAUAUUACGCUGUGUAGUGACCACACAUACCGGAAUGAAAAAAUAUGCAUAUGUAGAAUAAUAAGCAGAGAUUACAUCACAGGUUGCUCUGCCAAGUUCCUACAAAACAGAAGAAUUUAAUUAAUUGCAAAGGAUGUAAAAAAUGACGAAAUUAUUUCAAGUAUUCUGUCAUUAUUGCUGUGAAUAAUUUAUAAUGUGUUCAGAGUUUUAUGUAGUGUUACUGUUUCUGUAAGGUCUGGUUCUCACAACGCCACUUAGCGAUGGUACAAUGGCCGGAAAUUACCUUACACCUUGUGUUUCAAAUCGUGACUUCCUUGUUUUUUAAGGUGGUCUGACACUAGAAAACAUUUUGUGUUUUUGGUUUUUUUAAUUUAUAUAAAGUAUUUAUUCUUAUUUGACUUUAAAAGUGUUGUAUAUUUUCCAGACCAGAAAAAAGAAUUUUAUUAAUAUUUUAUAGAAUUGCAAAACAUAUCACGUGCCACAUGACAAACUGGUUACCAGUACUUUGUGUUACUCUCAGUACUCGUAUUAAAAGGAGGUUGUGUUGAACUGUAUCAAAUUUCUUUAUAAAAGCAAUCAAACAAUAUAGAUGUCUUCUACUCAAAAACGCUUCCCCAUUCUAUACACUUCAUACCACCGGCCGUUUAAAUAAAUCGAUUACCGAAUUAAUCGUUACUUGUAUAUAAGAUAUAUUAAAAAAUGUAUUUAAAUAUAUUGUAAAUGUUAUAAAGAAAGAUACAAG